AUGUUGCAGUUCUGGCCGUUGACCUCUCAUUUGCUCUUCGCAUCAACAGCGCUGCGGUAUCAUGACAGUGCCGACGGCAGCGAGCUCUCUUCCCUCGAGGACGUGAAGUCUUGCACUGAGCCCGUGGAGGUGCGAGCAUCCAACAAUGCCUCCGUUCGACCGCCUCCUGGACCGAAAGGUCUUCCGCUGGUGGGAAACCACUAUGAAAUCUACCCAGACCCUUUGGGUAAUUACGACCGCCUUUUCUCACGCUACGGCCCGGUGAUCAAGACCACCAACAUGGGGACCACCACUUAUCAUACCAAUGAUCCGGAAAUCGCCCGCCAUGUCCUUCGAGAAGGAGAAUUUUUUACCAAAACUACUUCUGACCCCUCGCAUCCGUUAUUCUACAUGCAGCUCCAAUCGUCUUUGUUCACGUGCGACAGCGACUCUCCCGCAUUCCCAAUCGCCCACAAGUUCAUCCCACCGGCGCUCUCGCCACGAGCUGUGGCGCAUCACUUACCUCUGGUUCAAGAAUCGGCACGUUCCAUCUUCCCCGUGCUCGACCAGUUGGCAGACCGCGAUUUAGCCUUCAACGUCUAUCAUUACAUGUUUAAAUUGGCCGGACAAGUCAUCUGGCGGGUUGUGGUGGGACAAGACCUGGACCAUUUUAAAGCACUCAACACGCCUCCCGCAACGACCAUUCAGCUCUUCGGAGAGUUUCUGUCUCUUAUGAAGAAGACGAGCCUGCGACCCAAAUGGUAUGGAAGUCUUCCUUUUGGAGACCCGGCCCGCCUGCGCGUUGUGCAGCAGAUGUUGUGGGACAACGUGGAGAAGGCCAUCAAUGAAAGCACGACGACAGAAGGAGAAGCGCUUCCCCUAUCCGACCCAACCUCGUCACUGCGCGCGUCCUCCGUAGCGGACUUUCUGAGCCGAGCACGCGACAACAACGGAGAACGCCUCCCACAAGACAUCCUGAUCCCCAACGUGGUAGUUUUGCUUGGCGCCGGCUUCACCACCAGUGCUUCGCUUCUAUCGUGGGCUCUCUAUUCUCUCGUCAUGUAUCCCGGUAACCAAGAGCGGCUACUCCAGGAGCUGGUUGACCACGGAGAGGAUGGGAAGCGGGUCUGGACAUACGAAGAGGUUCAUGCAUUGAGAUUUCUAGACUGCUUCGUCAAGGAGACGCAGAGGAUGCAUAGUCCGAGUUUCCAGACGGCACGCAACGCGAAGCAGAAUGUUGUUCUCCCAGGGGGCUACCUGAUUCCGAAAGGCUCAGUGGUCAUCCCAUGCUUCCCAAGUCUGCACAAGAAUCCUGCUCACUGGGACAACCCAACGAUGUUCAACGCGGACAGGUGGGCUGAGGAAGGCACUUCUGGUAAUCUUGCGAAGAAAGGGGUGUACAUCCCGUUUGCCGCUGGGCGUAGAGGAUGCGUGGGUCUGAACCUGGCAUUGCUGGAGGUGAAAAUGGUCUUGAUCCAGUUGGUGUACCAUUACCGCUUCGAGGACUCCUCACCAGAAGCCGUUGUGUAUGAUCCUGAGUUCUUGGUUACGAGGCCGGUCAACUUUUACGCGAGUACGACCAGGCGGACCGAGUGGCCAUCGCCAUCGGAAGAGUGA